CAAAGAAGACUGGGGAAAAAAUCAAUGCACACAGAGAUAAAACAGCGUAAAUAAUAAGGUACCGAUUGCUGAUAAUAUGGAUAAUUUUGUUGACGGUCUUUUACUUAAAACUAAUGAGCUACUAGAAUUAUAUCUAAAAAUGAAUCUCACCAUUGCUCUCGUUGUACUAUUGUCAGUCGUAUGCAUAAAUGCUCAUGUACCAUGUUAUGGUAAGGGCUGCGGAUAUGGAAGUGGGGGCUAUGAUGGAGGAUAUUAUGGCGGAUAUGGUGGAUUAGGAGGUUUGGGUGGCUAUGGUGGAUUAGGAGGUUUGGUCAGCUAUGGCGGUUACGGCAGGGGAUUUGAUGGUUAUGGUGGAGGAUAUGGUUAUGGCAAAGGGUAUGGCGGCGGCUAUGGUGGAUUAGGCGGUUACGGCAGCUAUGGUGGAUUAGGAGAUUUGGGCUAUGGUGGAUUAGGUGGUUUAGUCAGCUAUGGCAGUUAUGGAUUAGGUGGAAAUGGUGGUGGAUAUAGAUAAGGUGGAUAUGGCGGAGGAUAUGGAUUCGGUGGAUAUGGAGGAGGAUCGAUAUGGCGCAGGAUAUGGUGGUGGAAAGAAAUACUGAGAUGUUCUUUUCUCAAAAUGACAAAACGGACAAGAAACUAUAUUGUAAUCCUUCUACAUAUUUCUGUAAAUAUUAUACUGCAAUAAAGAUAUAGCCCGCAUAAUGGUUUAUUGCUUACUCGUCUUUAUUAUUACUCAAAAAUAAUAAACACCCCGCAUUUUACUAUGUUUAACAUUUUGGUAUAUGAUGAAGUUUUAUCUGUCUGUAAAUAAACAAGGAACUGAAACCUCAAAUCUAGAAGAGAAUUUGCUGGUGUUUGCGCUUUUAUUUAUUGAAUCGAUUAAAAUUUGUAUUACGAAAAUGUUUGCAGCUUGAAACCUUUAUAUCUAAAUGAAAUCAAAUAUAGA